AUGGCCGCCCUAAAGCUAAAGACCGGAGAGGCUCAGGGACCAAGGAUAAAUCAGCCCCUUAGCCCAGAGAUCAUGGCAGCCAUACCACCGGAGCGUCUCCGUAUCCCGGCCAUUAAGCCUUACGCAGGGACCUCUGACCCGAUGGAUCACCUUGAUCUCUUUACCUUGCAUAUGAUGGUACAGGAUGCCUCAGACGCGAUGUGGUGUAGGGUUUUCUUGGCCACCUUGGAGGGGCAUGCACGGGCUUGGUAUUCAAAUCUGGCUCAUCAUUCCAUCGUAAGUUUUGUGCAACUCCGAGGCAGUUUUCUAGCGCAUUUUGCACCUCUCGAAAGACACCGAAGGUCCACCAUGGCCUUGGUAAGUAUGAAGCAGAACCAAGGAGAGCCCUUGAAGGAUUUCGUUUCACGAUUUAAUAUGGAAGCCUUGAGCAUAGAGAACUUUGACCACAGCGUAGCUGUGGUGGCAUUCCAGAACGCCCUGAGGCCCGGCCCUUUCGCCCAAUCAUUAGCCAAAACGCCUCCGAGUACGUUCACGGACAUAUUGGGUCGGGCCACGAAGUACAUAAAUGCCGAGGAGGUUAUGCAGGCUAAGAGGGCGGAGCAUGUGGAAAAGAAGGAUAAAAAGAAGCAUCCCGAGGAAAAGAGGAGUGACGACCAAAGGGAAAAACAUCGUCCUCGGUGGGAUUCGGGGGGCUUCACUCCUCUGAAUGCCCUGAGGGCAGAGAUCCUUGCUACUAUUGAGGGUAAAGACUACUUGUAA